CCGCGGCGGCGGGAGCGGGGAAACGGGGAACCGGGAGCAUCGGGGAAGCGGGAGCAGUGGGGAGGCGCAGCACCGGGGAAACGGGAGCAUCGGGGAACCGGGCAACCGGGAAGACUGGGAGCCGCAGCACCGUGGAAACGGGAAGCCAGAGGACUGGGAACACCGGGGAAACGGGGAGCCGCGGCACCGGGGAAACGUGAAACCGGGAGCAUCAAGGAAUCGGGAGCAAUGGGGAGGCGCAGCACCGGGUAACCGGGAGCACUGGGAGCAGCAUUACCGGGGAAAAGGGAAACCGGGGAAACGGGGAGCCGAGGGCACCAGGAAACCGUGUCGACUUCAAGAUGAAGACCAUCGAAGUGGACGGGAUCAAGGUGCGGAUACAGAUCUGGGACACAGCCGGCCAGGAGCGGUACCAGACCAUCACCAAGCAGUACUACCGGCGGGCUCAGGGCAUUUUCCUGGUGUACGACAUCAGCAGCGAGCGCUCCUACCAGCACAUCGUGAAGUGGGCCAGCGACGUGGAUGAGUACGCACCCGAUGGCGUCCAGAAAAUCCUCAUUGGGAACAAGGCGGACGAGGAGCACAAGAGGCAAGUGCCCAAAGAGCAAGGGCUGCAGCUGGCCAGGGAAUACGGGAUGGAUUUCUACGAGACCAGUGCCUGCAGCAACCUCAACAUCAAGGAGUCCUUCACACGGCUGACGGAGCUGGUGCUGCAGGCGCACCGCAAGGAGCUGGACGAGCUGCGGGGGCUGCCCCGCGCCCCCACCCUGGCCCGGCUGGAGGAGGACGAGCAGCAGCCCCUAGGGAGCGAGGACACCCCCAAAACCUGCUGGUGUUGAAGGCUGGGACCCCCCGACCCCUCCUCCCCGGGCUGUGUCAGGGGGCAUGGUAGGGGCAGGAUUGAGGCAACCCCCAUAGAGUGGGGGGCAACAUGGGACACCCCCAGGGACAGGGAAUGUGGCAAGGGGGGCCCCCCAUCCUGACACCUGUGCCCUCCUCGGCUUGCGGGUAGGGUGGGGGCUGUCCAGGCACUGUGUGCCCACCCUGUGCCACCCUGUGCCCUUGGGACCCCCGGUUUUACACAGUGGUUUGCAGAAUAAAGGUGAUGCUGGAGGGGCUGGUGGUCCGUGUGCUCCAGGGGGGCUGUGGGCAUGGUGCCAUGGUGGCAGGCACAGCCUGAGCAUGGACACCCGAGCGGUGAUCAAUAAUUGAGGGUGAUCUGGGGCUGCCAGCAUGGUGUCCCCUUUCCAGGUUGGGCACAGGGACAUGGGGCAUGGUGCCCAUGGAGUGCCAUGGCCACCACCAUGGCCUGCCAGGCUACCAGCUCAGCCCCAGCUGUGGGAACAGGGACAGAAAACUUGGUGGUGCCACUGGGAUGAGCCAGCAGCGGGAUGGUGGUGGGCUGGGAUGGGUGGUUACUGAGAUGAUGGUG